GUGCUUCACUCAAACCAGUUGACUUCGUACUACCGGCCACGACGCACUCGCCGUCUCAAAUAACAAACAAUUUGUGAAUGAACCGAACAAAUUAACGUAACUGUAGUGAGAAGUAAGAGUUAUGGUAAAGUGAAACUGUUUCGACUAACGGUUUGUACAAGACGAUAUCGGAGUUCGUGAUUAAAUAAAUAUUCGCGAUGGGAAUGGGAGGUGCAAUGAACAGAUGCGGCCGAUGCAUGAAGGUCUCGCUAAUAUGCAUCAACGUAAUCACUUUUCUUGGCGGUGUAAUCGGAUUGGCAGUCGGCCUGUGGAUAUGGAUAUCCCGGUCCUUCUCCAGCACACUGAUGAGCAACAACAUGUUCAUAGCAUCAGUGGUGGUAGUGGUGGCCAUGGGAGCUGCCCUCAUGGUGCUGUCCAUCCUCGGCUGCUGCGGAGCCGCUAAGGAGGUCAAAUGUAUGCUACUCACGUAUUACAUCCUGGUAUUUAUAAUCUUCGUGGUGAUGCUGAUUGGCGGGAUCCUGCAGUUUGUCUUCCGAGAGAAGGUGAUGACAACACUAGACCGGGAGUUGUACGCAUCCAUACCAUACUAUGGAGUCAGGCACGAGUACACCAAGUCCUGGGAUGACACGCAGACGUACCUCCAGUGUUGUGGCGUCAAAGGGUACAAGGAUUGGAACGAUAAUGUGCCAGAGAGCUGUUGCCGAGAAGUGUAUCCCGGAAAGAGGAUGGACUGCAAAGCGUCUCCGAACCCGACCACAAUGUAUGUGGAGGGUUGCCUCACCAAGGUGACAGACUUCUUGAGGGAAGACGCCGUGUACGUUGGUACUGUCGCUGUCAUCAUUGCUUUGAUAAUGAUAUUGGCCCUGAUACUAUCAUGCGGAUUGUUCGUGAAGAUAGAGUGACGACGUGGUGACGACACGAGGUGAUGACUUGUAAGGAAUCGAGUAUUCAUUGUAUGAUUAUGAAUGUGUAGCCAUUUGUGAUUUGAUUUGAUCGUGUGCCUUCGGACUUUUCUAUUUAUUUAUAAAAAAUAAUUAAAAACGUAUUUUUGCAAUAAAAUUGUGAUUGCAGCUA